AUGGAAGGCUGCCUCUCGCCUCGAAUGGAGGCCGAGGUUGCGCCAGGCAUGGCGUCGGCGGCCACCGACGCGCCUGGCGCGUCGGUCCUGCGGAAGGUGCAGGUGGCUGGCUUGCUCAGCAAGUUUCGGGAUUCUAACAUGGCCAAGAAGGCAGCCGACAUGAUAGGCCCCAUGCUCAGCGCCAGCUCCAGCCCCCGCAGUGGCCGCAGCUUUUCAGGCGACGGCGCAUCGCCGUUUGCCGGGCCAGACGGCGCGGCCGUGGCCGCGGCAGCAGCGGCUGCGCAGCAGGCCGCCUGCAGCACCAGCUCCGAUGGCAGCAGCCUGCAAUGCGAGUCGCCCCUUUCCAUGCAGGGAUCCGCCCUGUCAAUUGCCUCUCAGCAGCAGCUGCUGCUGCGGGAGCAGUCCGCAACGCAGCUGCCCCAGCAUGAGCAGCAGCAACAGCAGCAGCAGCAGCAGCAGCAGCAGCAGCAGCAGCAGCAGCAGGCGGCCGCAGCCCCGCAGCAAGUAGCCCAGGCAGGAAGCAGCCCAUACAGCUCCCUGUCUGCGGCAAAGAAGACCAUCGGGAAGCUCUUUGGCGGCGGCGGCAGCGGCGGCGGCCAGACGGUCGCCAGCGCUAGCCCCAACAGCAACGGCCUCAUCGCCGCAUUCCGCGCCAUCAUGCCAAAGACCAGCAACACAUCCAGCGGGUCCGGCAGCACUGAGAGCAACGGCGGCGGCAGCGGCGCAGGGCAGCAGCAGCAGCAGCAGCAGCAGCAGCAGCAGCAGCAGCAGCAGCAGCAGCAGCAGCAGCAGCAGCAGCAGCAGCAGCAGCAGCAGCCCUCGUACGCGCCGCCACCGCUCAGCCCCGGGCGUAAGAGCACUCUGCUGGCCAUCUGCCCGCACCUGCCGCCGUCAAUGCAGCGGUCUGAGUGGUGCCUGGAUGACUACAUUGUGAUGGACAAGCUCUACACUGGUUACGCCUCUGUGGUGUACAAGGGCAUCUGCAAGCGCAGCAAGGAGACCGUGGUGCUGAAAAGCUACACGCUCAGCGCCAUCUGCGAGCUGUACCAGCACCAGAUCUACAGGGAGGUGCGCCUGCACAGCAGCCUGCAGCACGAGAACAUCGUCAAGCUCUACGCUGCAUUCAAGGAGGGCGACCGCGUGGUGAUGGUGCAGGAGUAUGCCGACGGCGGCGACCUGUUCAGCCUGCUGCAGAAGUACGGGGGGCGCCUGGGCGAGAAGGUGGCGGUGCAGAUGGUGCUGGACCCCUUCCUGCGCGUGCUGCAGUACCUGCACACGCGCUGCAUCGUGCAUCGCGACAUCAAGCCAGAGAACAUCCUGUUCACCAAGGGCAGCAUGUGCCUGAAGCUGGCGGACUUUGGCCUGGCAAUAGACCUCAGGGAGGAGCGCGCAGUCACACGCGCCGGCACCCUAGACUACAUGGCUCCCGAAAUCCUGAACUGCCCCUACAAGAGCAAGCCUGACGAGAACAAGGAGAAGGAGCACCUUAGCUACGGCAACACGGUGGACAGCUGGGCGGUGGGCGUGCUGACGUACGAGCUGCUGGUGGGCUGCCCGCCGUUCUACGACCACAGCCGCACCAACACCGAGACGCGCAUCAAGAGCAGCGUCCCCGCGUUCCCCGCCGUCAUCACCGAGGGGGCGCGCAACUUCAUUUGCGAGGCUCUCUGCAAGGACCCGAUCGCGCGUCCCACCUGCCUCGAUAUGGUGCACCACCCCUGGAUCGAGCUCUUCCGCGCGCGCCGCUCCAUGCGCUUCCUGAACGCCUCGCCCGCCGCCAUCGUCGCCGGCGCCGCCGCGGCGGCCGCGUCGCCGCCGGCGGCGCGCGACGAGAACGCAGCGCUCGCGGCGGCGCCUGUGUCGGCGCGCGCGUUUGGGGAGGCCGCGCCGAAGGCGCCCAAGGCGAUGCUGCACGCGCUGACUCAGAAGCAGCUCGGUCAGGCAUGCUCCCUGCAGCGCAUCGAGGACAUGCUGUCCGAGGAUAGCGUGCGGUCCGCGGCCAGCUCGCCCUGCCUCGGGUCCCGCGACGCGAUCGCCAGCAUCGGGCAGCUCGCGGCGGCGGCGGGCGGCCACGGGAAGAUAACCGCCCUGGGGCAGCUCUCGCGCAUGGCGGGCGACGGGAAGGCGGCCGGGCAGGCGGCCGCCCCAGCUGGAUCGGAGGAUGCCUGA